AUGGCAUUGUCGUUGACGGUACUAUCGAGGUGGACUUCUCCACUCGCAGCGUCCACGAAGCCGUGCCUGAAGCUCGAGGCGCUUCGGACAAUCCCGAGGGUGGUGCAAGCGUGUGGAAACCGAAUGACACCCGGUACGGACUCGUUAGAAUCUUUCCCAAACGAGUCAGAGCGCCAUCUGCUCCCAUACGACAUGCAGCUACCGGUGCCGUAUGGGUGGGACACAUACACCGUGCUGGCAGCAUGGCUGCUGCGAGAGAGGGCCAAGGGGGCUGCGUCCCCCUGGGCGCGCUUCCUUCGCUCCCUGCCCGCCUACGUGCCCCUGCCUGCGCUCUUCCCCCAGACGCUGAUUGAUGAUUUUGAAUACUGGCCGAUUGUGGAUCAGGCCACGCGCCUCAAGGCAGCAUAUGCCGACCUGUACGACAGAUGCAACGGCAGCAACCCCACCACCAUCGUUUAUGCCUCUUCCCUCCCCAUAACUCCAUUUCUGUCAAGUCAACCCCCCUCUCUCCCCCCACCACAGGCCACACGGCUCAAGGCGGCAUAUGCCGACCUGUAUGAUCGCUGCAACCCCGCAUCCAUCGCCAAUGCCACUCGCUCCGAGUUCUACUGGGCGCUCACUAUAGUCACAUCGCGCUGCUUCACCUUCUCGCCUUCCCUGCGCGCCCGUGGGGAUGGGGAGGAGCAGCAGGCAGGGGGGACAGAGGGGGCGGAGGCGGGUGGGGAUGGGGGGGCAGAUGGUGCAGAUGGGGCAGACGGGGCAGCAGAAGUAGCAGCAGAGGUAAACAAAGGAAUGGCAACAGAAGAGGCAGGAGGUGAUACAGAGGAGGGGAGUUCUGGCAGCAGCAGCAGCAGCAGUGGUGGUGGCAGGGAUGGCGGUGGCAGCAGAGUGGAGGAUUGGUAUGCCACGUCAGCAGCCAUGCUCCCAUUCGCUGAUCUGUUCAACCAUGAUUACUACCCCAAUAUGGGGUGGAAGGUGAGGGAUGGGAGGUGA